CCCCCUCCUCGUUCCCCCCAUGCAGGCCCCGCCCCUUCCGGCGCGCGGCGGACGUAAACAAGCAGCGGGCGGCCGGGCGGUGUGGGGGGGGGGGGGGCGGUGGCGCCGCCGCUCCUGAUUGGUCAGCGCCGGCGAUGGGCUCCCACAGCAGCAGCCGCGCGGGGGGGGGAGGGGCACGGCCCCCUCCCCGGGGUCCUGACCCGGAAGAGGAAGAGGAAGAAGAGGAGGAAGAGGAAGAGAAUCAGAGCUAUUUCCUGCGCAGGGGUCAGAUCCCGGGGGGGCUGCGGGACCCCCCCGAAUCGGACGAAGAAGUUUGGGAUGGGGGAGGGGGAGAAACGGACCCUCCCCCCCCCGCCCCGCCCCCCCCGGACACGCGUGUCCUGGCGAGCCACGAGCUGAGGGCGCAGCUGGAACUGGCGGCGGGGAGGGGGGGGGGGCGGCGACCCGGCCCCCCCGAGGAGAAUCUGCCCCGGCUGCUGCGGCAGCGUGAAUGGGGCCGUUGCCACCACGGCAGCUUCUCCCCGGGCGAGAAAUCCCGCCUGAGCUCCCAUUUCCUCCCCAACCACGUGGCCUUCGCCGACUCCUACCCCCAAAAAGCGUUCUGCGGGCUCUUCUCCGACGACGGAUCCCUCUUCGUCUCCGCUUGCCAAGACCAGACGCUGCGGGUGUACGAGUGCCGGGGGGAGGGGCUGCGCCUGUUCCGGGCGUCGCGGGGACGCGACGUGGGUUGGAGCAUCCUGGACGUCGUCUUCACCCCCGACGCGUCCCAGUGCCUCUACUCCAGCUGGUCGGACUACGUCCACGUCUACGACAUCUACGGGGACGGCGACAACCACACGGCCCUUGACCUACGACCAGAAGAGCGUCGCUUCGCUGUCUUCUCAUUGGCCGUGGGGCCGGAUGGGCGGGAGGUGGUGGGCGGAGCCAACGACGGCUGCCUCUACGUCUACGACCGGGAGGUUCAACGCCGCGUCCUACGGGUGGAGGCCCACGAGGACGACGUCAACGCGGUGGCCCUGGGGGACACGGGGGGGCAGCUCCUGCUCUCGGGGGGGGACGACGGCGUCUGCCGGGCCUGGGACCGCCGGUGCCUGGGGGAGGGGCGGCCUCGCCCCGUCGGCCUCCUGGCGGGUCACCGCGACGGCAUCACCUUCCUUCACCCAAGGGGUGACGGUCGCUACCUGGUCUCCAACUCCAAGGACCAGACGGCCAAACUGUGGGACCUUCGGCGUCCCGCCGGCCCCGGGGGAUUGGCCGCUGCCCGCCGCGCCGUCGCUCGGCAGAGCUGGGACUAUCGCUGGCAACGGGCGCCACGACGCGCCAUGGCGACGGCGCCGUUGCCGGGCGACAGCUCGCUGAUGACGUACCGCGGGCACGCGGUGCUGCACACGCUCCUGCGCUGCCGCCUGUCCCCGCCCCGCGGGGGGGGGGGCGGCCUCUACCUGGGCACGGGCUGCGCCUCGGGGGCGGUGCUGGUGUACGACGUGCUGACUGGCCGGGCCGUGCGGCGGCUGACCAAUCACGGCGCCUGCGUGCGCGACGUCUGCUGGCACCCGCACGAGGGGACGCUGGCCAGCGCCUCGUGGGACGGCAGCAUCCGCCUGUGGGACUAUCGGGAGCCGCAGGACGAGGACGCGAGCGGGGGGGGGCGACACGAGUGGGGGGGGGGCGACGGCGACACCCCCGUGCCCCACACUUCCCCCCCAGUAAAGCCCCUGUGACCCCCAA